AAAUUCCCGAGGAAUGAUUCUCGCUUUCAACUUCCGUGAACUAAAAUUGCGACGGACGUCAGACAUUUUCUAGUCAUUUCUUAAUUAGUAACAAAAUAACAUUGGACGAGCCAAGUUCUGGUAAACGGACAACCUUUGGCUAAAAGUGGUGGACAUUUGCGACGUGUUUCCAUCCGUGGUUAGCGGAAAUAGCUUUAACAGACUGUACGCAGACUGGAUUCGAGAUGUCCAUUGUCUACAACACGGUGAAAAAAUACUGCCACUGGCCAUGGAACUGGGGUUACGAUGUUCAUGCCGCCGGUCAGCACCCGAUGAUGGGUCAAAGCACUGACUCUAAAGGACAGAUACUACAGCCAGCUGACGCCAUCCGGUUUGACUGCGGGGGAUUCCAACACUGGGGGGUCUAUGUAGGUGAAGGUCAGGUGGUCCACAUGACAGCGAAAGGGGUGGAGAAAGCCUAUGUACAGGAGGUAGCCAACGAGUGUCCGUAUUUCAAAGACAACUCAUUCGACAAGGUGCAAGGGCACGGCGGAAAGAAAGAUAGACACUGGGGGAGUGGCUUGGGAGCUGACUGAGAUCGAUGGGUG